AUCUCCAUUAUAUAUUUACAUGUCAACGCUAUAUCAUCAACAAUUUUAACUCGUGGAUCUUAUUUGUUGACUUACAAUAAUGACAUGAAAAAAAAAUAUUACAAAAAAAAAUUUCCUUCCUCUUUUUUUUUUCCUUCCGUUUCCCUUUCUCCCUUUGGAACCGAGGCUCCUCCCUACUCGCUAACCCUAACCCUAACCCUAAUUACCCAACUGUCAUACCCAUUUCCCGCUAAGCCCGAAACCAUGAUGACAACUAGAAAACCCCAACCCAUUCCUUGGACUCACGAAGGGACCAUCCAUCUCAUCCGAGCCUACCAGGAGAAGUGGUACUCCCUCAGUCGCGCCUCCCUCAAUGUCAGCCAGUGGGAAGAAGUCGCCAGCACUAUCACCGCCCGCUCCGGCCUCGCCGACGAAGAUGCUAAGUCAGCCACCCAGUGUCGCCACAAGAUGGAGAAGCUCCGCCGCCGCUACCGCGCUGAGCGUCAGGGUCUUGGCGGCUCCUCUUCUUGGCCCUACUUCCACUCUAUGGACGAGCUUGACCGUGGUCCGUUUCCCAUAUCCGCGCGUCCUUUGACUUUGGUUCCUGGUAGAGAUGAUGGAAAUUUUGAGAUGGAGUAAUUAAUUAAAGCUAAAAUUAAAAUAAAUAAUGUAAUUAAACAAAAAGAUUAGAAAAAUCUAAUUGAGUAUGAGGUUGACUAAUCCAACGAAAAUCUUCCCCUUAUAAAAUAAAAUCCUGAUAAACCCUAAGCAAAUCCAACGUCCAAUAAGCUAAAAUUAAAAUA